UUCAUUUUCCUCGUGCGCGCCUGAGCGCGCGUGUGCGUGCGUCUCCCUGGUGAACAUCGCUCCUCUCCGGACACCAGGUCACGUGUGAGGGCUCUCAGGUCCUGGGCCAAGUUCCUAUUGGUGUCAGAUCUUCCACAGAGCUCCAGCGCACCCACCCACUCACACAUACCCGCUCGCGCGCGCGCCAGCCCACCCCACCCGCUCCACGCUGCGCAACUAACUCCUCGGCGAGGAUGGACGGGCAGAUGGAUGUGUGGAUAGAUCACGUCCCCGUCUUUUAAUUGAAGCGCAGAUCAACACCACUCCAAGACACUUCCUCGACUUCUUCCGGUGAUUCCUGCGGAUCUUAAGGAUUGUUUCUGAUCACAAACAAAAAGAAAAAAAUUGAAUUUGCGGAAAGAGAGGAAAAGGGAAGGUCCGCGCCGUGCCGCGCCGCUGAGGAACGACGGAAAGUCACGGAUCAUGCUUAUGGGAACUCCCGAUUCCGCCUCAAUAAGAGUGGCUCUGCCUGAUGCUCUAUCAUGACUGAUGGCGAGGGGAGAGUCCGCUUUCAGUACGAAGAGCGCCAAGAGCGAGGGGAGGAGCAAGGCGACGUGAGGCUUUCUGUACGGACCGCCCACAGGAGCGAGAAGUCCCCAGGUCAGCACGAUGUUGACCCAGGAGGAUGUCAGGAUGAGGAGAAGGAGGAGAAGGAAGAGGAGGUGGAAAAUAAAGGACAGAGAAUCUAUAGAGAUGGAGACCAAUGGAGUGGUGAAGUUCAGGAAGGUGUGGAGCAGGAACCAGAGCUGGAGGUGGACGCUGGACCCACGCUAGGAGUUCGGAUCACAGCUCCUAUUCAUGACCCGGACUGUGUCUCCGACGAGGAGGAGCAGCAGCCGUACCCAGCCCUGGCUCCGCUAGUCUUCUUUUGCCUAAAACAAACGACGAGGCCUCGCAACUGGUGUCUUCGAAUGGUCUGUAACCCGUGGUUCGAGCACGUGUCCAUGCUUGUGAUUCUGCUGAACUGCGUGACCCUGGGGAUGUUUCAGCCCUGUGAGGACGUCACCUGCCUGUCAGAGUGGUGCCGCAUCUUACAGGUGUUGGACGACUGCAUCUUCACUUUUUUCGCUGUAGAAAUGGUCAUCAAGAUGGUGGCCCUUGGUAUUUUCGGCCCCAAUUGUUACCUCGGAGAUAAAUGGAACCAGCUUGACUUUGUCAUCGUAAUGGCAGGGGUGAUGGAGUAUUCUCUGGAUGGCCACAACGCCAGCCUGUCAGCCAUCCGCACUGUUCGGGUACUUCGGCCGCUGCGGGCCAUCAACAGAGUACCAAGUAUGAGGAUCCUGGUGACGCUGCUCCUGGAUACCCUGCCCAUGCUGGGAAAUGUUCUCCUCCUCUGCUUCUUUGUCUUUUUCAUCUUUGGCAUUGUGGGGGUGCAGCUGUGGGCGGGACUUCUGCGGAACCGCUGCUUCCUUGGGGAAGACAUAAGAACAAUAUACAAUCUGUCCAUGAACCCUUACUACAUGUCUGAGGAAGGGGAAGACAGCCCGUUUAUCUGCUCAGCUCCUCGCGAAAACGGGAUGUUGCGCUGUCACAAUGUGCCAAACUACACUGAGGAUGGAAAAGAAUGCUCAUUGGCUCCUCCUCACCCAAGUUCUGCUAUAAUUGGACAAUCUCCUGGAGUGGGAGGGGCCAGCAUUAAUGGCUGUGUCAACUGGAACCAGUGCUAUGACACCUGCCGCCCCGGGGAGCUCAACCCACACAAGGGAGCUGUCAACUUUGACAAUAUUGGCUAUGCUUGGAUAGCCAUAUUCCAGGUCAUCACGCUGGAAGGAUGGGUGGACAUUAUGUACUAUGUCAUGGAUGCUCACUCCUUCUACAAUUUUAUAUAUUUUAUACUGCUCAUUAUUGUGGGCUCUUUCUUUAUGAUCAACUUGUGCCUCGUGGUCAUUGCCACCCAGUUUUCUGAGACAAAGCAGAGGGAGAACGCCCUGAUGAGGGAGCAGCGUGCUCGCUACAUGUCCAACGACUCAACCCUGGCCAGCUACAGCGAGCCAGGCUCGUGCUAUGAAGAGAUGCUGCGAUAUAUCAGUCACCUUUACCGUAAACUGAGACGCAGGCUGCAGAGGAUGUACUAUGGCUGGCACAGUAAACGGCGUAAAAAGGUGAACCCUAAUGGCAGUGGUGGUGGCAGCAACGGUGGAGGGAAUGGGCACGGCCAAGGUUCAAGUAGGGGCCUAGGUACUGCAUUGUGGCUGAGGCCAAUACACAACCUCCUCCAGCACCAUCAGCACCAACACUGUCGCCUCAGCAAUGGCGGGCAGCACACAGUCAGCGUGGCGACCGCUGAACACACGGAUACAGAAGGAGCAGGCGAAGAGCUGGAGAUGAAGGUCCAGGGAGGCAGUACAAACGGAAACAGCGGCGAUAACCCGACUGUUGUUACUCAGGGAGUUGGCACAUUCUUCGGGCGACUGAACGGAGGGAUGAACUAUCCGACCAUUCUGCCAUCCUUCGUGUGCAGUUACAGCAGCAAGACGCCACCUUCGCACUCGAAGCAGAGCGGGCAAAGUCCGGAGCAGCAUACAUCAGCGUCUGAACACACGGAGUCACUGAAUAAGCUCUACCAGCUCAUGGGACAGCACAGCCGCCAGAGGCUGCUGUUCCAGUUGGCGAGCGUGGUGCCCACCCCCCUGCUUUUGGAACUGCUCAACUGCCCCCAGUGUGCCCAAAGCCUGGAGAGCUUGGACCUGGAACUAGGAGACCUGGAAGGAGGCAAGAGUGAGGCUGAUGGACUAUAUGAUUUCCCUCAGGGGGGUGAUGUAAGAGGAUGUAGGAGCCGUUUACGCCGACGAGGGAUCAUGGAGUACAGAAACGGAGCUUUUCAGGCCUGGAGACACUUUAGGGAAAAACUGAAAAGGAUCGUUGAAAGUAAAUAUUUCAACCGAGGGAUUAUGAUCGCCAUCCUGGUCAAUACCCUCAGCAUGGGGAUUGAGUACCAUGAACAGCCUGAAGAACUGACUGAUGUGUUGGAGAUCAGCAACAUAGUUUUCACCAGCAUGUUUGUGCUGGAGAUGGGCUUCAUGCUGCUGGCUUUUGGCUUUUUUGGAUACAUCCGAAACCCGUACAACAUCUUUGAUAGCAUCAUCGUCAUCAUAAGUGUGUGGGAGAUAAUUGGUCAAGCGGAUGGCGGGUUGUCAGUUCUCCGGACGUUUCGAUUGUUGCGGGUCCUGAAGCUGGUGCGCUUCCUACCUGCCCUGAGGAGACAGCUGGUUGUGUUGAUGAAGACCAUGGACAAUGUGGCGACGUUCUGCAUGCUGCUGAUGCUCUUCAUCUUCACUUUUAGUAUACUGGGAAUGCAUCUUUUUGGAUGUAAAUUUGGGCUACGAUUGGAGAAUGGAGACACCAUUCCUGAUCGGAAAAACUUUGAUUCCCUACUCUGGGCUAUCGUCACUGUUUUUCAGAUUCUGACCCAGGAGGACUGGAACGUGGUGCUGUACAACGGCAUGGCUUCUACCUCCCCAUGGGCGUCUCUUUACUUUGUUGCUCUCAUGACGUUUGGCAAUUACGUGCUCUUCAAUUUAUUAGUAGCCAUCUUGGUGGAAGGCUUCCAGGCUGAGGGUGACGCUAAUCGGUCAGAAUCAGAUGAUGAAAAGAAAUCUGACCAUUUUGAUGAGGAUGAAAAGGUAGAACAGUUCAGAGACACAGAGCUGAAGAUGUAUUCUCUGAUGAUGACGGCUAAUGGUCACAUUGACCCUCGUGGCACUAUGGCACCUCCUAUAAUAAUGCGCACAGCAGCAACGCCCAUGCCCACGCCCAAAAGCUCUUUGGGACCCGAGUCCAUCUUAGAGGAGGAACUGUUGUACAGAGAGGGGGUAUCUCAAGAAGGUGAGGUUGGGCUGGGCUUCACCGAGGCAGGAACCGAUUAUGUGCAGUCUCGCCGUGGAAGCUCAACAUCCAUGGACCCCUCAGCCUAUGACCAGCGCUCGUUGAACCUCUCAAGUCCUGGAAGGCGUUCCCCUCUUCCUCUCCGUAGCUCUGCCAGCUCAUGGGGAAGCCGACGCUCCAGCUGGAACAGCCUGGGACGAGCACCUAGCCUGAAAAGGCGAGACACUAGUGGAGAGAGGGAGAGUCUGUUGUCUGGGGAAGGUGGAGAGGAGGACGAUGGACUGGAUGAAAACGAGGAGGGUGGAGUUAACAACAGACUAAAGCCAGGGUCUUCGGAGCUGGCGCCCCCAUCGCCUAUGUGUCCUUCCAUAACCACAGAGUACGGUGACUGCAAUGGAAGAACUCAAACAUAUGACCUGAAUGUAAUCUCCGACCCUAAAGAUGACUUCUCAUCGGAGGAUGACAUCGAUGAUGACAGCCCGUUCUGCUACUGGGUCCAGAGAGAACUCCACAGCAUAAAGCCUCGCUGGUGUAAGGAACAUGAAAACUGGACGCUCUACUUGUUUGCUCCUGAGAGCCAGGCUCGAAUUUGGUGCCAAAGCGUGAUUUCUCACAAACUGUUUGACCAUGUGGUUCUGGUUUUCAUCUUCCUCAACUGCAUCACCAUCGCUCUGGAGAGGCCUGAUAUUCAGACCAACAGCAAGGAGCGAGUUUUUCUGAGUGUGUCCAACUACAUUUUCACUGUGAUCUUCCUGGCAGAGAUGGCCAUUAAGGUUGUGGCUCUUGGUUUCUGCUUUGGGAAGCAGAGCUACCUCCAGUCUACCUGGAACAUUCUGGACGGCGUCUUGGUGUUUGUGUCUCUGAUGGACAUUCUGGUCUCUCUGGCCUAUACGAGUGAAAAUAGGAUCCUGGGAAUUCUAAGGGUUCUUCGCCUUUUACGCACACUUCGCCCACUCAGGGUGAUCAGUCGAGCCCCGGGAUUAAAGCUGGUUGUGGAGACACUCAUCACCUCUCUCCGACCUAUCGGAAACAUCGUUUUAAUCUGCUGCGCGUUCUUCAUUGUGUUUGGGAUUUUGGGGGUCCAGCUGUUCAAAGGGAAAUUCUACCACUGUGAAGGUCUUGACACUAAAAACAUCACCAACAAGUCUGAUUGUGUACAGGCCAACUACCGCUGGAUACGGAGGAAGUACAAUUUUGACAAUUUGAUUCAGGCUCUGAUGUCUCUGUUCGUGCUGUCUUGUAAAGAUGGCUGGGUCAACAUCAUGUAUGAUGGACUGGAUGCAGUUGGAGUGGAUCAGCAGCCUGUGAGGAACCAUAACCCCUGGAUGCUGCUCUACUUCAUCUCCUUCCUGCUCAUCGUCAGCUUCUUCGUCCUCAAUAUGUUUGUUGGCGUGGUGGUGGAGAACUUCCACAAGUGCAGACAGGACCAGGAGGAGGAGGAGGCCCGCCUGCGCGAAGAGAAGAGGCUCAAAAUGAUUGAUAAAAAGCGCAGGAGUAAGGAGAAUGGAGGGGCUGAAGCCAAGCAGAGGCCGUACUACGCAGACUACUCUCCUUUGCGUCUGUCCAUCCACACACUGUGCACAAGCCACUAUCUGGACCUUUUCAUUACAUUUAUCAUUUGCAUCAACGUCUUCACAAUGAGCAUUGAGCACUACAAUCAGCCACAGUAUUUAGAGGAGGUUCUGAAGUACUGUAACUAUGUCUUCACCUUCAUCUUCGUCUUCGAGGCCCUGCUAAAACUGGUGGCGUUUGGCUUCCAAAGGUUUUUCAAAGACAGGUGGAAUCAGCUGGAUGUAGCUAUUGUUGCAUUAUCCAUCAUGGGCAUCACUCUGGAGGAACUAAAAAUGAAAGCAGCGCUCCCAAUAAACCCUACCAUCAUCAGAAUCAUGAGAGUACUCAGAAUAGCAAGAGUGCUGAAACUUCUGAAGAUGGCAAAAGGGAUGAGAGCUCUGCUGGAUACUGUUAUGCAAGCGCUGCCACAGGUGGGAAAUCUUGGCCUCCUCUUCAUGCUGCUCUUCUUCAUCUAUGCUGCUCUGGGUGUGGAGCUCUUUGGCAAACUGGAGUGCACUGACAGUAAUCCAUGUGAGGGUCUGAGUCGUCACGCAACGUUUGAGAACUUUGGAAUGGCUUUCCUCACGCUGUUUCGGGUGUCCACUGGAGACAACUGGAAUGGGAUCAUGAAAGACACCUUACGGGAGUGCCACCCAAAGGACACCCACUGUUUCUCGUACUUGCCUUGGAUAUCUCCCAUUUAUUUUGUCACGUUUGUGCUCAUGGCCCAGUUCGUCCUGGUCAAUGUUGUGGUAGCAGUUUUAAUGAAACAUCUGGAGGAGAGCAACAAGGAGGCCAAGGAGGAUGCAGAGAUGGAUGCAGAGAUUGCCUUGGAAAUGGAAGAAGAGAGGCAACGCAGACGAAGCACAACUUCCAACAAUAGCUCGAUGGGAGGGACUUACAUUGGACCGUGCCCAAAUUCACCUGAGCAAGAGGAAGACGGGCAGCACAACGACCAGGACCUGAAGAUGUGCGUGUCUAGGAUGCACUCCCUGCCAAACGACAGUUACAUGUUUCAGCCACCACGGCCCGCCAGCGCCCCCUACCCUCUGAAGGAGGUAGAGCCCACCUCUCAGCAUCAUCAUUCAGUCUCAGUGAUGUCGAUCCAGUCCCAGCCCUGCGAGAGCCGCACUCUGCUGCAGGUUCCAGACAUUUCUCCUCUUCAUCCUCAGUCAACACCAACCCUCACUCUUCCUCGCAUUGCCCCACCAACACCUGGACUCUCACCGCGGGCUCUGCACCGGCAGGUUGCAGUUAAACUGGACUCAAUGGAGUCUCAGGGUGUUGAGACACAAGAGAGGUUCAAAUCUACUCAGCUGCCCUCCCAGUCCCCGUCCCCGUCCCUGUCACCUGUCCCUCCUCCUUCCUCCUCUCCCUCAGCCCUCUCUUUCCCAUCCUGCUCCCCUUCAUCUUCCCCCUUUCUACCCUCACCUGCCCCCCCUUCUCCUCUGUCUCCACCAUCUACUCCAUCAUUCCUCCUCCCUCCUCCUCCUCCUUCCCCUCGUUUCCCCUCCCGUUCUGGGAGCCUUCGUAGACCCAGGGUACCAUCUGCCAUCUCCCUCACUGACCCGGCUGACCAAGAGGUGUAUAACAUCACCAGCGGGGCUCGCUGCAGGUGGAAAGACGAGGACGGGAGCGAGCCGGAGAGCAGACGGAAGGCCGGUCGCAGUCACUCCCUGUCCCCCUACACCCUUCCAUGCUCGCUCAGCUUGACCUUCAGCUCCUCGUCUCCUCCUUCCACUCUACCUCCUUCCUCAGCAAUGAGCACACACAGUCUACUCGAGGAAGGCCUGAAGGAUGUCGGGAAAGGCUUCCGUGUGGACAACCAUGGCUUCCUGGAAAAGCCACCUUCAGGACCUGCAGGUUACUGUGAUGAUCAGAGGCGCCACUCCAUCGAAGUCUGCCUUCCUCAGACCCUCAGCCACCACUUGUCGCCAGAGAGCGUAAAGACGUUUCCUGUGAGGGUGCAGUCGGUCGGUAGCAGCCACAGGAAGAAGAAGACCAGCCCUCCCUGCAUUUCCAUCCACCCACCAUCAGAAAGGGAACACCCCCGACUCCCAUCACCUCCAAAACUGGCCGACUGCAACACGAUGCUGAGACGCAGGACACCUUCCAGCGACCUGAUGCCCCAGUCGAAAGACGUGCCAGUAGACAUCUGUACGCAGGUGCCAACACCACUAACACCAAUCCACAUACCACUUCCGUUGAAUUCCCCGACCCACACAUCGACACCCUCUCUGACGCGCACUCUGCCUCUUGCAUCCGCUCCCUCAAACAUCCCCAUCAGUCCAAACGUGUUCAUUCAGCCGCAUGCACCACUCCUACCUACUGUCAUGCACUUCUCACAAACACACCCUGUAAGUUCUGCUGCGAGGCACACCCCGCUUGCAGGAGAUUGCAUCCCUCUUCCUCGAUUUACCUUUGAAGAGCCACAAUCCAGGUAUGUGAGCGGCAUGUCGGCAGGCCCCUCAGACCCAGACCCAGCCACCUGCUCUUCUCCAUUCGACAGCCGACUGGGAAGCAGCGCAGGAUUCAGCGCGAAGAAUCGGAGGACCGCUCAGUAAACACUUGGUGUCGCGGUCUGAGGCAAAACAUGAAAACUUAAAAGCUGCAGAAAUGAAUCUCGGUGGACCUCAGUAGCGGUUUUUGGAGAAGGAAAGAAAUGUAGAAGUUGGCUGUGCAAACUUUUUUUAAAUUUUUGUUUGUUUUUGUUUUGCUAAAUACUAAUAUAUAUAUAUAUAUAUAUAUAUAUAUAUAUAUAUAUAUAUAUAUAUAUAUAUUGAUCACGUUUUCCAGCUGAAACAGACUCUUCCUCCAAUGAAUGACAAUGGAUCAAUUUUCUUUUUUGUCGUUUUUUUAUUUUUUAUUCUUGCUUGAAAAACCCACGUGUGUUACUGGCUGAUCCUCCUCAAACACACACUGGGACUGAAGCCACUUUACUCCGUAGCCAAAGUUUUUUUCACACACUGUCCUCACUCACGCGAGCCAAUCAGGAAGCAGCGUCUGGCUGAUCGCCGCCGACCCUUUAUUUUUUGGGGAGCAAAGCGGUUUGUGAAAUGCGAGCGUGAUGGGUGGUUUUGUGGGAUAUGCAACUUCAGGUUUUUCCGCAGAGGUUCUGUUCCCCCCCCCUCGCUCCUCGAUCACAUUGAUCCGAGCUGAAGUGUGAAUGAGUGCGUGUGUUUUCACACGUGAGGGGAGCAGGACCGAGCUGUGUUAUUGUUUUUUUUUUCUUUGUCAAAUGUAAAUAAAAGGAAACAAAAUAAUGUAUUUGGUGGGAUUUAAAAAUAGCUCUAUCCAUAUGCACAUAUUUUUAUAGAGGUCUAAAAUGUUUUUGCACAUAGACUUAAACUUCAAGUUGCUUGUUUUUUUCCUCUGUUGUCUUCUUGUGAAUGUAUGUUUCUUUAAAAAAUCUGAGUGGUUGAAAAAACCUUUUUAAAUUGCAAACUCAAAUCAAGGAGAAGGGUUUUAUUUUUCUAUUUUGAAAAAAAGAGUCAGAGGAAAACAGGCGAGUCGUGUGUUUCUGUAGUUUCGUCUCAGACUUUGUAUCCUUUGUCUAAACCACAUAACGUGGGCUCAGUGCUGCAAGUCAGAUUCCCUCUACAUGGAAUUUCACAUGAUGAGAACAAUUCUGUUGAAGGGAUGUUUGUUUUUGCCAUGUUGAAGUUUGCUUCUAAGUAUAAAUAAGUACCAGUUGCUGAUUGGCUUUCUGUAUAGCCCCAAGUUCUAUGGAAUUGUGAUUUCGUUCGUCAGGACAGAAGAAGCAGCCAACACCAAAGUGUAUUCCUGCCAAUUUAAAGUAACACUAAGUAGUUUUUCAAACUUUAAGCUAGAGCUUUAACGUUGAUCUCAGUGAUUGCUGUGUUAGAAACUUGACCUGUUUCAUAUUUGACUCCACUCUGCAGCCCUCUGCUGGCCACAUAUUGCACUUAACAGUUUUGUGGAGCGGGUAGGUGUCCUAGAGGGCACUCUUCGUCUGCUUUACGGCUGUUAGUUAUUUUCUGUGCCAGUUGCCAAUAACAGACUAACAUGCAUCGCACAGUUAGCUUAUUCAGUUUGCUGACCGUAAAUAAAAACAAAAAGAAGUUAACGUUUUGUUGGCAUCACGGUGGAGUCUGAAAUCAGAGAGUAUUGUCUUUAGAGGUGAAGCAAAGAGCUAAAAUCAGAGUAAACAUUGGCGUGCCCUACGGUUGUUUGAGGGAGCUGAAGAAGGUCAUGAAAUCGUGGACUGAUGAUGACCUAGCUUUGUUGCUGCUGGACUUGAAAGUAAUAACAAUUUUUGUCCAACAGCGUGGAUCUUUUUAAUUUGUGGCUUGUUUGGUACGAUUCCCAUUGGGCAGGGUUGGCUAUGGCAGCUCUAAUUCCACUUUAAACCAGUCGGAAAGAGAAGCUGGAAACUGUUUGGUGUUACUUUAACACAGCUCUGAGUUUAGAUACUCCCCAGCUGUUCGUGAGACACUAUUUUAUAAACCUUUAAAAUGCUCUUAACUGUGCACCAUAUGGUUGUUUCAGCAGCCAUGUUAAAUUUGAACAGAUCCACCAAGCAGUCUUUAAGUUGCUGCUCAUACAGUAUUUAUGUCACUGUAGGUUGGAUGGGCAUUUCACGUCAAUGUAUUCUUUGAAUUAAUGGCAAUUUGACUUUGCCAAGCAAAAAGUUACAUACAGAUGGAAACAGACUGUGUGCCUGCAUUCAGACCCUUAACAUGUGUCCAGUGUUAAUUAUUAUAUCACAAAUGUCAGUGAACUAACCUUCAGUGUUAUUUCUUAUUUAGGUUAUUUUAUUCAUGAUAUUAUUUCAGUUUAAUACAAAAUAAAUGUUAGCUAGCUUGUCUGAUGAUUCAGCGUAUGCUUAAAGUAGGGGCAAAGACUUGUCAGUAAAGGUGACUCACUGUACGUGGAUAGAACCAAGGGAUGAACUCCACCUGUCGAAAGUGAUACUAGCGUGGAAGUGACAAACAAUGCAGUUCACCUCUCGUCCACUAGGGGCUGGCUC